UGUCACCAGGUUUUGUUCAACGGCUGCAAAUUAAUGGAUUAUUUGCAGGUGUGUGGGCCCUUACAAUGAUGGACACUUGGCAGUUUGCAGGUCUGGAGAAUUAAAGUGUUAGUUAAUCAACGGCAUCUAAGCAAGGACAUUAAAGUUUAGCUGCCAUUCGAUGUCCAGUAGCACGUGGCUGAGGCUGCCCUGUGGCUGAUCCGGACGAUGCUUUCCACAAACCACUGCGGUGGUGCGUGGGGAUGAGAUGGAUGGAGCCCAUGGCCAGGCCAGCGCACCAGCCCCCAUGUCCCGGGAUGUCCAGCUGCAGCAAGUCUCCCUCCAAUUCCGGAGAAGCUGCAGCCUCUAACUCCAUGUCAUGGGUGAAAAUGUUCAAGAAACCAGGAGGCCUGAAGAAGUCCUACCAGCCCGGGAGCAUGCUGUCCCUGGCGCUUACGAAAGGUCUGCUGAACGAGCCGGGCCAGAAUAGCUGCUUCCUCAACAGUGCUGUUCAGGUGCUUUGGCAGCUGGACAUUUUCCGGAGAAGUCUGAGGCAGCUCUCUGGUCACUUCUGCCUGGGCGAUGCCUGCAUUUUCUGUGCUCUGAAGAGUAUAUUCAGCCAGUUUCAGCAGAGCAGAGAGCGCGUGCUUCCCUCUGACAGCCUGCGGAAUGCCCUCGCCGAAACCUUUAAGGACGAACAGCGCUUCCAACUGGGCCUGAUGGAUGACGCUGCUGAGUGCUUUGAGAACAUUCUGGAGCGGAUUCAUUUGCACAUUGUUUCAGACAUGGCGACUGAUUCUUGCUCAUCCAAAUCCUGCAUUAGCCAUCAGAAGUUUGCAAUGAUGCUUUACGAGCAGUUUGUGUGCCGCUGUUGUGGCGCAUCUUCAGACCCACACCCCUUCACAGAAUUUGUUCAUUAUGUCUCCACCACCUCUUUAUGCCAACAGGUGGAUCACAACCUGGGGAAGAACGAGCGCCUCAGGUCAGACAUGUUCGGAGAACUGCUGCAGGCCGCAAACAGCACGGCUGACCUCCGAAGCUGCCCAAGCGACUGUGGUCAGAGCAUCAAGAUCCGCCGUGUGCUCAUGAACUGUCCUGAGAUCGUGACUAUAGGAUUUGUAUGGGACGCUGAGCAGUCAGAUCUCACAGAUGAUGUUAUCAGGUCCCUCGGACCACGGCUGAACCUAUGCGGGCUUUUCAGCAGAGUCACUGAUGAAAAUGCCAAGCGGAGUGAACUGCAUCUGGUGGGAAUGAUCUGUUUUUCCAGUAAACAUUACUCAGCUUUCGCCUAUCACACCAAAUCCUCAAAGUGGAUGUUUUUUGAUGACGCCACUGUGAAGGAGAUUGGGUCCAAAUGGAAGGAUGUCGCUUCCAAAUGCAUCAGGGGACAUUUCCAGCCUCUUCUUUUAUUCUACACCAACCCCGAGGGGAGCCCAGUUUCCAACGAAGAUGCACCGAGACAAACCACCAUGUGUCCUCGCUACAAAGCCCAAGUCAAUGGCGACAUGACCAUCAAACAUCUUCUUGGCGGUCCGAACCAAUUUCAGGAUCCUUAUAUGGAGCAUUUGCAAAGGCCAGGUGAGACAUCAAAAAAGGACAGAGGGCAGCGGAGAAUUGACCCAUCCCAACUCAAAGACACUACCCAUGCAAGAUCUUCAUCUCCACCAGAAAAUGGGCUAAAGCCUCCUGUGGACAAGGUAAAAGGCCAUUCGCGUGUCGACAGGUCAUCGGCCUAUUCCAGCAGAGGACUUCCGGAGCCACACGGACCGUCCUGCAGCGCACAGGGUCGAAGGGCCAACGCGUCCCUGGGUCCGGACCAGGAGAGCUGCCGUGAAGCGUGGGAAAGGAGUGGGGAUGGAGGAAGCCGGGCCAAGCCCAGGUCCAAUUGGAGGCCCGUCCGAGAGGUGUUGAACGUGGACACUGUCCUGAACGAGCUGGAGCAACGGUGCCUGCAGCAGGACAGCCCGCGCUGCAGCAAGUCCACGCCCCAGGAAAGGCCGCGCGGCGAACAGGUCCGAGAUCGCGAGCGGGAACACGCGCGGGCGAGGGAGGAGCGGAAGCAGAAGUGUCUGAUGACCAUAUACGAGGACGAGCAGCGGCACGAGACGGAGAGCCACAGCUCUGUGGAGUCGGAGAGCAGGGCCGGCCAACAGAGGGGCGGCAGACUCAAAGGCGGCCCCAAGACCCUGCUGCGCAGUGAAACCUGGACCAUUCAGAGGACAGAGUCCGGCUACGAGAGCAGUGAUAGGCUCAGCAGUGGCUCCACCAACCCUGACUCACCUGGGGUCGACGGUUUUGCCCUCAGACCAGACCAGAGACCAACACCUGAGGUAAACAGCCCAAACCUCAGGGAAAAAACCAUGAGCAAACGGAAAUCCAAGUACACUUCGGGCACUUCCAGGAAAACGUCAUCUUCGGAGAGGAACUCUUCCGGCCCAGAUACCAGGCUGACCGAACAGCAGGAGCUGACAAACUGUCGAGGGCACGGUGGUGAAAGUGCCACCCUGAGACACAUUACGAAAACCAGCAGCUCUGAAUGGAACAGCUCCGACGAUCUGGCCCUGUCUGAGCCCGAGGACAGGGAAAGCACUUACCUCUCCAGCAACAGUGAGGCUGUGAACUCGGACUCUCAGAGCUCUAACAUGGCUCCCGCGUACCACCCUCCCAACAGGGUGUCUGCGGAGGCUCCCCAGCGCCAGCCUGGUGCCUCCGGGUCGGCCCACCUCAGACCCGGCCCGCACACGUCUGCUCACCAGGGCGAGGAGAGCCAUUCGCUGUUCCGUCCCAGGAUGCUUCAAGAACCCUUUCCGCCGAGUCCUCGCCUUCCCGCCUCUUCCUACGCUAGUCCCCACAGGAAACCCGACAUCGCGGGCCUCCGAAAGUUCUCGGACGCGAGCUCAAAGUCGGGCUCGGAGCCGGACAGGAGCACGCAGUCGUCGUUAGAGAGCGAGGAGAAGCCGAGCGGGUGCCGGGCGGAUCAGGCGGCUCAGGAGGUUUCCCUGACCACAUAUUUCAACGUGGACAACUGCAUGACGGAAACCUACCGUCUCAAGUACCACAACCAGAGGCCUCUCGUCCUCUCUGCCACGGCGCCACGGGCGGCGGCCGCCAGCGAGCGCAGAGACAACAGCCACGCGCUUCCCAGUGAGGCACACUCACAGGACCUGCCAAAAGCCAGAACUGAAGCAAGCCAUAAUAGCAAUAAACCGACAGCGAAAUGGAACCCAGUGACAGCCAAGGGACUGGAUGAGCGUGAUCCUCCAGGCUUCUCCUUUGUCAGCAGCAAAAGGCUGUAUGACCGCGGUACUCCAGACGAAACUGAGGAUCUGCAUUCUCAGAGGACUGCAAACACCUGGAGU